AUGGCGCCCAAGCCCUCUACCUCCAUCGGCCACCUAGGCGCAAGCGAACACAAGUACAGUGUCAUUCUCCCUACUUAUAAUGAGCGAAAGAACUUGCCGAUCAUCACCUGGCUUUUGGCGAAGACGUUUACCGAGCAUCAGCUGGAAUACGAGAUCGUGAUUGUGGAUGAUGCGAGUCCCGAUGGAACGCAAGAAGUCGCACGACAGCUACAGAGGGUAUACGGCGAGGACCGGAUAAUGUUAAAACCGCGAGCGGGAAAGCUUGGUUUAGGGACGGCAUACGUGCAUGGACUCUCUUUUUGCACAGGCGACUUUGUGAUCAUCAUGGAUGCCGAUUUCUCGCACCACCCAAAAUUCAUCCCCGACUUCAUCCGCCUUCAACAGACUUACAACCUUGACAUCGUCACUGGCACCCGAUACCGCAGCACACCGAGCCCCAACGCACCAGGGAUGCCCCCUGGAGGUGUGUACGGGUGGGACUUGAAGAGGAAGCUUGUGAGCAGGGGGGCGAACUUCCUUGCUGAUGUUGUGCUUCAUCCGGGGGUUAGCGACCUUACGGGUUCAUUCCGGCUUUAUCGUAAAGCCGUGUUGGCGCAGAUCAUCGCCCUCACCCAAUCUAAGGGUUAUGUCUUCCAGAUGGAGAUGAUGGUCCGGGCACGCGCACUCGGGUAUACCGUAGGAGAAGUCCCGAUCACCUUUGUGGACCGGAUAUUUGGCGAGAGCAAGCUUGGCGCAGACGAGAUCGUGGGCUAUGCAAAAGGAGUGUGGAACUUGUUUACCAGUAUAUGAUGGGUCAGCGUUAUCUAGCCAAGGAAGAGUACGUUGCCGGUGACGUUCUAGAAGGGUGGGAGGGAUGACUAGUGUCGUUAGUUGUCGAUGGAUCAGCGUUAGCUGGUGAUAAGGAGAGG